AUGCUGUCUGUGCUCCUAAACCUGAUCUGUACUGGAUAUCAUGACAAGCCUUCACUCUCUGCCUGGCCAAGCCAUAUUGUUCCUUUGGGACAGCGUGUGGAACUUCGAUGUGACUCUCACAGUGACUAUUACAUAUUCAAGUUGUACAAAGAACAUGGUAAUCCUAUCCCUCAGGUCGAGGGAAGACCAUUCCAGAAGAAAUUUGUCUUGGAUCCUGUGACAUCAGCACAUGCAGGGACAUACAGAUGCCAUGGUUUUCAUUAUCAUUACCCUAUUAAAAUUUCAGCCAACAGUGACCCUGUGAAGAUCAUAAUUUCAGGAAUAUACAAGAAGCCUUUCCUUUUGGCCUUACAAACUACUCUGGUGGAUUUAGGAGAGAAGGUGACACUGGAGUGUCAUUCAGAGAUUAUGUUUGAAACCUUCAUUUUGACUUCACACAAAAAUGGAACAAUCAAGGACUCUUUCAAGCUUUCUGCAGAACAUCAUCGUUGGGAUUCCUAGGCCAACUUCUCAAUAGCUCAUGUGACACAGGACCAUGCUGGAACUUACAAAUGCUACGGUUCUUAUAACCACUCACCAUAUGAGUGGUCAGACUCUAGUGACCCCAUUGAUAUAAAGAUCAUAGGUUUAUACAAGAAACCUUCUCUGUCAGCCAUGAUGGGCCCUGUGGUGAUGUCAGGAGAGAAUGUGACCUUGUCCUGUGUCUCUGACCUUCAGUUUGACAUGUUCCAUCUCUCCAGGGAAGGGGUGACUCAGGGACAUGGGCUGCCUACAGUGCAGAGCCACAGUGGGACACUCCAGGCCAACUUCCAUCUUGGUCCUGUGGUCCAGGCAGGGAACUAUAGAUGCUAUGGCUCUUUUAGGAACUCUUCCCAUGUGUGGUCGACUCCAAGUGAUGCCUUGUACCUUCCUGUCACAGAUAAUCGCAGGUACCUGCAUAUUCUGAUUGGCCUAUUAGUUACCAUGAUCCUUGUCUUCCUCAUCAUCCUCCUUUAUUCUUGUUGCUCUACCAAAAAGACCAUCAUGGACCAAGAAUCUGAAGUGAGACCAACAAUGAACAGACAGAAUCCUGAAAGAGAAGAAGUGCAGGAGGUGACAUACUUAGAAUUUGAUCAGAUGAUCUUCAAACAAAAAUUGACCACUCCUGAUUCCCAGAUUCCUAAGGAAUUUUCCACAGAUCCCAGUUUGUACAUGGAAAGGUAUAAUACAAGGAAAUUAACAGCAACACCAGAAAGCUCUAGAACAAAAACGAGAAAUCACACCCAGCACAGAGUUCCUCUGCGAAGAACACACCAGAAAUUUGUCAUCGCCACAUCCACAAAAGUUGACAUCAGCAAAGUUAAAAUCCCCAAACACCUGACUGAGGCUUACUUCAAGAAGAAGCAACUGUGCAAGCCCAGACACCAGGAGGGGGAGAUCUUCAACACUGAAAAGGAGAAAUACGAGAUCACAGAGCAGCGAAAGGCUGAUCAGAAAGCUGUGGACUCGCAGAUUUUGCCAAAGAUCAAAGCUGUUCCUCAGCUCCACGGCUACCUGCGAUCUCAGUUCUCUCUGACGAAUGAGAUGUAUCCUCACAAACUGGUUUUCUAA